AUGAACGACCAGGGAGCUGGACGGUCUUACGACCGUGAUGACGAGAUAGUUGUGGAUAGAGAUGGGCUGCCUCACUACACAGGACAAAAUCCGGACUUGCUCAAGGAGUACAAGAAGAGAGUUACCCUGGCGCUGGCGCGGUUGGAAGGUAGUGGAGAUGACGAAGAAGCAAUCGCGCUGAGCCUCGAGAAGAAGAAGCGCAGAUUCAGGGUGAAGUUGCUCGACGGACUACACGGACGGGCAUGGCGUCGAGCAGAGCACUUCGCACAGGAGACCGCAGAAGUACGUGCUGAUGGCGGAGAGUGGCGGAUCUUCGAGGCGCUGGCGACGCUCGACAAGGAGGCCAUAGUUAAAAAGGGCAUGGCGUUCGAUAGUUUCUUCAAGCGGAGUUUCCGGAAGCGGGGCACUGAUAUGGGCGAGUACUUCUCGAACAAGGAGAAGCUGCGGGAGGAUUUGCAGGAGCGCGACGAGAACACCACGCUUUCGGACGAUUUGAUGGCAUACUUCCUGCUGAACGGCGCGAACCUCGCAGACGAGCAGAAGCGCAACAUCGUUCUCAACAACAACUCGGAGUACAACCUGGAGAUAUUUCAGCAUACUUUAACAGUCAACUUCCACGACCUGCACGAGAAAGAGAGACGGAGCGCGCUGGCCAACACGCACAAGCAGAAGUGGCAGAACCGGCGCGGAGGCAAGGCGAAUCAGGUCGAGGACAACAACAGCGGCGACGAGGACGACAUUACGGAUGAUGAGUUCGAAGAGGGCGCCAACGCGGCAGAUGAUGACCAGGAGGUUGCGAGCGACGCCGGAGCCAGCAACGACGACGAUGUGUUCGAGGCCUACAGCGCCUACGACGCGGCGAGGAAGAAGCUGAAGGACACGCAGAAGCAGCGCGGGCUCUUCAAGGGCGAGGUGACCUUCGAGGAGCGUCAGGAGCAGAUCAAGGAGGAAAAGAAGCGCACGCGCUGUGGAGCGCGCGGUCGCAUCGGACACUGGGCAGGAGAUGCCGCGUGCCCGAAGACAGGGAAGCAAGGCGACAAGAAGUUCGGUGGAGGACGAGGCGGAGGCCGCGGGAGCGGCAAACCCAAGGCUAAGCCUGGGCGCGGAGGCAAGUCGUACUUCACGCUCGACGGCACCACGGACGAGGACGAGCUGAUGGAAGAGGUGACCUCCUUCAUGGCGCGCGGCGACGACGUCUCGGGCGACCGCGACGGGGCGGUCGAGGAGCAGGAUUCAUUCUACACGGACUCGGAUGAGGAGCCAGACGACGAGCGUGCAGACGACAGCUACCACAGCAGGGACUACGACAAGGACAGGAAGAAGUCGGCAGGAGCGGCAAGCAGUGGAGAGGCGGCCCCGAGGCCGUCGGCAGCACCGAAGGACAUCCCGACCACGCCAGAUUUCAGGGCCUGGAAGCAGUGCGAGCUCAAGAGUCACCUCGGCGAGCUCGGGCUCCAGACCAACGGCAAGAAGGAGAUCCUGAUCGAGAGGCUCGAGGGACACUACUCGGGCAAGGCGCAGGUCAAGAAGGGGUGCAGUGUUUCGAGGACCGCAGCAGCGUUCGCGGACGGGACUUCGACGAGAGCACCGGGCGAGAACAUCAAGUGCGCGGACUGCGGCAAGUAUGGACAUCGCGGAGGAGACAAGCUUUGCCCGCUCUACGCCGAAAUGCAGGCCUACCAGCAGGCGAAGCAGCGUCAGGAUCUGGAGAAGAACGCAAAGGUCCCGCUGACCAAGCCGAACAUCUCGAAGCAGCAGACGGAGAUUGGCGCCAAGUCACUGGGCGCAAGGCCUAAUGCAGCAGCUACAUCAUCAAGAGCGUCCACAUCCUGGGAGCUUGUGAACGACGACAACACGUUCAUCGAGCAGCUGACCAGUCCGAAGUGCCGCCGCCAGGGCAUGCAAGUGAAGAGCAACAACCUGGACGGCAACAAGUUCUACGGAUGCCUGAACUUCAACGCCAUCACCAGAUGCUACGCGACGGCGGCCCUUCGGGCCGUUCGUUUCGACGCUAAGCAAGGGCAGGGCCGUGGAGGGGGCUCGACGUCCCUCAGUCAAGGACGCAUAAGCCGUCUUGAGGAGCCUCUUAGGUCAAGGACGUGGGCAGCCAUUUUGGCAUCGCCCGACGAGCUCGCCGCUGUGCAGCUCGACCCGCAGAGCCUCGCCCUGUUCAAUGCCGGGGGCCAGUUCACCUUCGCCGUGGGGCGCGCUGACUGCACUACAAUUAAUUACGACGUGGUGGCCCUUGUGGACACCGCCUGUGCCCUUUGUAUGCACAGCAAGAGCUGGAGGGAGAGGUUUGAGAAGCACUUACCCCCCGACCUUACCUGCAGGAAGACGGACAUCCAGCGGAAGUUCACCUUCGCGAGCGGCUCCAAGCAGCAGGGUGACGUCUACGUGAUCCCGAUCGGCAUUGGAGGAUUCAGAGGAGAGGCGCAUUCGACCGAGAUCCCGACUGGGACGACUCCACUGUUGAUCUCCAUACCUGCCCUGGACAUGUUAGACGGCCACAUUCACAUGAAGUCAAAGAAAUUGGAGCUUUCGGCAUUGGGAAUCACAGUACCUCUGACCAAGAUCAAGAAUACGACACACCUGGGUAUCGAUGUAUCGCAGUUCGGAGAUGACCAAGAUUCGGUACUACAGCGCAUGGAGCUCAAGUCAUCCCGGGGCGACGCGAUCGUGCACCUUGCGACGUGCAAGGGCGUGGUCAAGGAUGGCUAUGCCUAUCUGGAGAACGACGAUUGCAACGAUGAGGAGACUUGCGACACUGUCGAGAUAGAUGCAAUUCGUCGCCAGGGCGCGAGCUCGAAUGAUGAGACUGGCCAGAAGUUGGAGAUAUCCUUGGCAGCGAGAGGUGUGCGCAAGUCAGAUACGAGAGGCGAGCUCACCAGUCGAAGAGCACAGGAGUUGUCAACUACAGCUUCGAGGAUAGCGGCUGAGGAGAAGCGGACUUGGGCUACGCUCAAGAAGGAGUACACGCUCGCAGAGAGGAUGGCCACAUCAGGGUUCAAGAAGACGAUGAUCUUCGAACCUUGGGGCGGCAGCUUUAUCGUUGCGAGAGUGGCAUCAGGAGUUUUCGGUUGGACGAAUUCGCAACCGCUGGACAAGUUAGACGACUGCGACCUGAUGACCAAGGAAGGCGAGGACUUGCUCUUCGAGAUCCUCGACGAGCACGACCCGUACCUCACGAUCACCGCCUUCGACUGCCGCAUAUGGUCAGUUAUGGCGAACAUGAGCCCGACGGUGGAUUGGGGGACUCUGCGAAGGACUUACGGAGUUCGAGUGCUCAAGUUGGUGAAGCGCAUCUGCUUACACCGUUACGAAAGGCAGCGAUAUUUUCUAGCAGAACAGCCAUGGUCAGCAGCUUCCUGGAAGUACAAGAACAUCUUGGCCGAGAUCUACGCGCUGCCGAAUGUCUGGUUCGCCUGUGGAGCUCAGUGUGGUUUCGGCAAGAAGGACAUCGACAGCGGCAAGCCCAUCCAGAAGCUGACCGGCUACCUCACAAACAGCCAGUGCGUUCUUAACAAGCUGGCUGCCCCAUGCAAGUGCCAGACUGCUCACGAGAUGGUGGGGGGCAACAGCUCCGCCGGGAAGAGAGCAGCUCAGGCAGCGGCCUACCCUCCGAGGAUGGCGACGGCGAUCUGCGAAGGAGUGAAGCAGCAGAUGGAGAUCGACAGCGCCGUCGCACUCGCCAACGGAUACAUGGAGUCGAGCUUCCCUGUGGAUGAUGGGGUGGACACCGAGCCGCCCCCCAAGAGGGCUCGGCGAGGAGCAAAGCUACUCGGAGGGACAGGCGGACUAAGGCGGAGAGUUACACGCAAGGGCGGCUGGCUCAGCAUGGCCAAGGAGAAGGUCGACAAGGUGAUGGAGAUUUUCAGUAGUUUCGUCGGCUUCCUCACGCCCCUCACCUUGCUGUGGCCUUCAGUGGACAAGAGGGCCGCUGAGAUUGCCAAGCUUGAGGAGGCGUCCGCCAGCGUGAAGCUGAUUAUGAUACGACGGAACCCACGUUCUCUGCUCACAGCGGUGCCCCACUUGCAUGCUUCUCAGGCACUUCUGCGGACUGCCUACGCUCGGUCCAAGCGUGGCGUGUGGUCCGAGCUCGGCUGGGAGGAUUGGACCAACUUGUCAUCGCAGCAGCGGGUGAUGAAGAUCGCCGGGGCCGACCUACUCAUCAUGGUGUACGGCGCGCAGAUCGGCGAGGCAGAGGACGGCGAGCAAGAUAAGGAGACUAUGAGGAAGCAACGAUGGGAUCAGCUACCACGCGACCUGAAGGUGGCGAUUCGACGCUUGCACGAGAACCUCGGCCACGCGCCCAAGAUCGAGAUGCUAAGGGCCUUGAGGAUUUCCAGAGCCUCGGAGGCCGCGAUCAAGGCGUGCAGGCUUUUCUCCUGUGAGCACUGUGAACGCACGAGGCGACCGUUGCUGGCGAAGCCGAGCAAGUUGCCGAGCGUCGACGAGAUCAACGUUGUCGUGGGCUUCGACACCUUUGCUGAGAAGGACGCGGACCAAGCAGAGUGGCAGUUUCUGAAUAUUGCAUGCUUGGACUGUUCGUUCCAGGUGGUUGCUUUACUCGGCGAAGUUCACAGGAUGACGGGCUCAACCACGGUGCUGGAGACUUACGAGUUGUGCUGGGCAUCCUGGGCUGGUGAGCCUGAGGUCGGAGUCAUCGUCGACAGGGCCAAGGGCUUCCUGGGCAGUUUUUCUGAGCACAUGUCGAGUCGUGGGUGCAGAUUUGAUUCGGCCGCCAAGGCGGCAGCAUGGCAUAUCGCCAAGGUCGAGCGUCAUGGAGACCUGGCAAGCCAUGACGUCCUGAAGGCCGUGAUGGAGAUCAACCAGGCGAAGAACUCGCUGAGCAGGAGGUCUGGUUUCUCACCGGCGCAGUGGGUGCUGGGAAGAGAUAGUCGCCUCCCGGCGGACUUCAUGGACGACGGCGAGCUUGAUGAGAGGAUCGGUGCCAUUGCGGCAUCGGCUACCCCGACAUCGAAGUUUGCCAGGAAGUGCGCGCUGCGGCAGGCGGCGCGGGAGGCCCACGCGAAGAUCGCCAACGAGGAAGCGAUCAAGAGGGCUGAGCUUCGACAAGUUCGACCAGAACGAGGACCUUUCAACGUGGGCGACUGGGUUUUCUACUACGACCAGAAGGAGCAGGGCAAGCGGCCCGAGAGCGUCGUCAACUGGAGAGGAGUAGCCCGCGUGAUAGGUCACGAGGGCAAGCACACGAUCUGGAUCGUGCACCGCGGGAUCACGAUCGCCUGCGCUCCCGAGCACCUUGCCAGGGCUUCCGACGAGGAGGUCCGAGCCUGGCUGGUGACGGCGCAGGAGGCAGACUUGAUAGACACCACCGGGGUGCCGCAGCCGGCAGAGCGUGAAGCACCUGCCGAGCCACUGGUCCAAGAGGAGGAGCCGCCCGUGGAGGAGGUGACGGAGGACCCCUACCAGGAGGAGCCCCCGAUGAUGCAGCUGGGACCACCGCCGCCAGUCGAGCCACGAGGAGCGACACAAGCGGAGGACGCGGUGAAGGACUUUGUCAACGAGGCUGUACGAUCCAACCAAGUACCGAUGGGCGACGAGCGGGAUCCUGAUCUUGAUGAUUUCCACACUCCUGCGGCAUCGUUCCCGCCUCGCCCGGCGGAGGGAUCUGCCAGUAGGGAUAAGGAGAGUCGGCCAGCGGAGGAAGCUGCAGAGCGGGGGGCGAAGAGACAGAAGUUGCUGGAUGAUGUCCCCGAGUCGAUCAAGACAGACGACGCCUUUCAGGUCUACGAGGAUAUGGACUCUAUGAUCGACGAGGUCAGCAAGGAGGUUUUCGUUUUUGGCGUUGAGCGCAACGAGUUCGAGUACUCCUACGAGGCUGGAGUGGAAGCCUGGCAAGAUCUGGAUGCUUGCGACACGCUGAGCCUCGGCGAGAGUGAGCAGAUCUGGGAGACCAAGCGCGACCUGAUCAUACUGGCCGAGUGGGUGAGAACCAACAAGAGUGAGGGCGUUCUGGACGCCGAGUUCGAAGCGAAGUCGAGGAUGGUGGUCCAAGGCUUCAAGGACAAGAGCCUCGGCGAGUAUCGAAGAGAUGCGCCAACAGCAUCGAAGUUGGCGGAGGCAAUGGUGUUUUGA